AUGGAAAGAGAUCCACUGGGACAGAACAGACCUUUUAGACAUCAAAUAGAUUCCGACGAGGAAGAUGAAGAUAUGCAGGGCUUUUAUCCAGGCCAGCAAUCGCAGCAGACGCAAAUAAUAGACACACCUUUGCAAUUCAAGUCGGCUGUAGACGCCCGAUCCCUCCACAAACCGCUGCUCGUUGCUUUGGGUGAAAUCGGACGUCAUCUCGUAACAAGACUCGAGCAAGUGAGCGUGGUGAAUGAAAUUUCAGCAGACGGUCAAGUGAUAGCACUGCUGCUCGCACACAAGGACAAUGCCAGCAUACUCUACAUCCCCUCGCAGCCCGUCUUGGAGCUCACACACAAGCUGAGCGUACUAAUCCUCGACUUGCUCAAACCAAGCUCGGUUGUCUCGGUGGACACAUACCCCAAUACGACGAUAUACCUCCAAGACUCCGAUAGCGAGAACCCUCCUUUGUUACAACUGGCAAAUGUGGCUGAGGAUGGCGUUAGCGGUGUAGAUUCCCUCCCACCGCCCAACAUUAUCGAGGGUAUUUCAGCUGCACUUCUGUCUAGUGGUCUCAUUAGCCAGUCGAUUACACCCGUAGUUGCACUUCUCGUUCCUACUCUGGCACCUCACACGCCGAUAGUCAGCCAACGUCUAGCUAAUAACGUUGUCGUUGCUCAAAGACUGAAGAGCGACGACUUGGAUGAUUUCAUUGAGGGGCAAACCAUGUUCAGCAUCUUGGCAGACAGCGAUAGACUUCAUUGGUCCGUUUAG